CUCUUGUGUCUCUCCAUUGUCAGAAAAGAAAGAUGGCAGCAACAUAUGCAGCGAUGAAGCCAACAAAGCCUGGGCUUGAGGAGCCACAAGAAAGUAUUAGCAAGAUUAGGAUCACUCUCUCCUCCAAGAAUGUUAAGAAUCUCGAGAAAGUGUGUGCUGAUUUGGUUCGUGGUGCCAAGGAUAAGAGGCUCAGGGUGAAGGGACCAGUGAGAAUGCCCACAAAGGUCCUCAACAUUACCACAAGAAAGUCUCCUUGUGGAGAAGGUACAAAUACAUGGGACAGAUUUGAGCUACGUGUUCACAAGCGAGUGAUUGACCUUUUCAGCUCACCAGAUGUUGUCAAACAAAUCACCUCAAUCACCAUUGAACCUGGUGUUGAGGUUGAGGUCACUAUUGCCGAUUCUUAGAUCUCCAUGGUCUUUCUUAGAUAGAUGAGUUAAUCUUUUAUGCUCUGGUAUUUUGGCCUGCAGACUUUUAUGUAUUACAAGUUUUUUGGAGUUACAAUUUUGCUGUUAAAAAACUAGACUUUGAUAAAAGCAAAGUGGUUUGUUUAAUCACUAAGCAAUUUUCUUUAA